CUUAAUCAAUUGACAAAUUUUUCCUUUUUCUUCUUGGUAUUUUAAAAUCUAAUAUUGCAUUUUACUAUUUAGGGCUUUGAAGUGAUUAAUUAUGAUUUAAUUUACAGCAAACCCUAUCUUUUUGUAUGUGUUCUUGUUAAUUUUCAUAGUUAUUGUUAAUUGAUUAAACAUGUUCCAACAAUUCAUUGUGUUAAAAGAGGAUCAUGAGAGCAAAACGAAAAUUAAACAAUCAACAAGAACAUGUUGAAUACAAGUUCUUUUAUUUAUUUAUUUAUUUUUUCAUCCAUAUAUUUAUUAACAAAUGUUACAUGAAUAUAUAUAGGUUUUUUUUUUGUUUUUUUUAUUUUUUAUUUUUCUGAAUUUUUAACUCAGCUUUCAGAAAUUUGUUAAUAGUAUAGUUGGAUCCAUUUUCUGGUUUCUUUUCUGGUGUGGAUUGCAGUCCUGAUGAUACACCAUGGGAUGGAGGUAGAGUCCAAGAGACACGCCGUGGAGUGCAACGCAAAUAAUAUUGAUGGAUAAAAGUUGGAUGCAAAUUCCGUCUAGGAUUGAUCCGAGAUACGCGAAAGGGAUUAGAGAUUUCCUCGAGGUAGCUAAAUCCCAUGUAGACGGUGAGAAUCAGACUAGGUGUCCUUGUUCCAAAUGUCGUAACUCUGUAUAUAGGCCACUCCCAGAGGUUAAAGGACACUUGAAUCAGAAUGCGAUACAUAGGGAGUAUACUCAUUGGGAAUGGCAUGGAGAGGAAUAUGAUAUAGGAAGUAAUGAGAAUUUAGAGGAAGAUGUUGAUGAAAAGGAAGGUAAUGAUGAGGUACCGCAGUUGCUAGAAGACGUGUGCAUGGGACAAUUAUGCAGUCAGAAAUGCCAGAUGUUCAACGUGGGAUGGGCAAUGACUUGCCAGAUCCUAACAUAGGAGAUGGUGGGUUCCCAGAUUUAUUACGACAUGCAGAACAUGAGUUAUAUUCAGGAGAGAAAUGUUCAAAACUAACAUUCCUUAUGAAGUUAUUACACGCAAAGGUAUAUAAUAGAUGGAGUAAUACAUCAUUCACCAUGUUGCUAGGGAUUAUUAAAGAUUCAUUGACUAAAAUUGACAUUCCAAAGUCACAUUAUGAGGCUAAAAACAUACUACGUGAACUAGGACUUGGAUAUAAAGUGAUACAUGCUUGUAUAAAUGAUUGUGUCCUAUUCUGGAAAGAGCACGAGAGUAUUGAGGCGUGCCCUCGGUGUGGUGAAUUUAGAUACAAAAAUCAUGAAGUUGAAGGUAAAAAAAUUCCCCAAAAGAUCCUUCUGCACUUUCCCCUGAAAUCCAGGCUUCAAAGGUUGUUUAUGUCGAGGAAAACGUCGUCAGAUAUGAGGUGGCACAAAGAGGAGUGUCUUAAGGAGACUAAUGUGUUGAGACAUUCAGCUGAUUCUUUAACAUGGGAGGAAUUUGACAAAAGGUAUCCUUGGUUUGCAGAGGAUCCUCGUAAUGUUCGACUAGGUCUAGCAAGUGACGGAUUUAAUCCAUUUAGUAACAUGAGUAAUUCAUAUAGCAUGUGGCCAGUAAUGGUUGUUCCGUACAACUUGCCACCUUAGAAAUGCAUGAAAGAACCAUAUUUGUUUAUGUCAUUGCCUAUUCCUGGACCGAAAUCACCUGGUAAGGAAAUAGAUGUGUACUUGAGACCAUUGAUUAAUGAGCUAAAAGAGUUGUGGGCGGAUGGUGUAAUCACUUAUGAUGCUACUACCAAGCGUACUUUCAGAUUACACGCGUCGGUAUUAUGGACUAUGAAUGACUUUCCUGCCUAUGGAGAUUUGUCUGGUUGGGUCACAAAGGGGUACAUGGCAUGUCCUAUUUGCAACGUGGAUAAAUGUUCAAUGCGUUUGGAGAAUGGAAAAAAGAUUUGUUACAUGUGCCAUCGUCGUUGGCUACCACCGGAACAUAGAUGGAGAAAUUGGUACAAACAGUUUGAUGGUAACAAGGAGAUUAGGUAACCACCUAAAGAAUUGACUGGUGAUGAGGUGUUUCAACAAUUACUCCAAAUUAGGGAUGUUGACUUCGGAAAGGGACCUACCAACAAGAAGAGGAAGCGUACCAAAGCUGAGUUAAAUUGGGCUAAGAAGAGCAUAUUCUUUGAAUUGCCUUAUUGGUAGGGCCUUAAGCUAAGACAUAAUCUUGAUGUUAUGCACAUAGAGAAGAAUUUAUGUGAUAACGUAUUGGGGACAUUAAUGAACAUUGAAGGUAAAACAAAAGACAAUGUGAAGACUCGAUUGGAUUUGCAAUCAAUGGGCAUAAGAAAGGAAUUACAUCUUAUUUCUAGAAGUAACAAGUUUUUUAUGCCACCUGCAUGCUACACAUUGUCUAAAGAAAAGAAAAUAAGCAUUUGUGAAUGGUUGAAGGCUGUGAAGUUGCCAGAUGGAUAUGGUUCCAACAUAUCUCGCUGUGUGAAUACUAAAAAUUGUACUAUAUCUGGUUUGAAAAGUCAUGAUUGUCAUAUACUUCUGCAACGUCUUCUUCCAGUUGUUAUUCGUGGAAACAUAUCAGAUAAGGUGUCCAAUGCAUUGGUAGAGCUUGGAUUAUUUUUUAAAGAGUUGUGUUGUAAGACAUUGAAGCUAGAAGGAAGCACUUGAAAGGGACAUUACAUCCUUACUUUGCAAGCUAAAGAUGAUCUUUCCACCAUUCAUUUGCCUCGUGAGGCUAAAGAUGAUUUUUUGAUGUGAUGGUUCAUCUAGCCGUUCAUUUGCCUCGUGAGGCUAUCCUUGGCGGGCCAACGCAAUAUCGUUGGAUGUAUCCUAUUGAAAGGUGUGUUUUAUUUAUUAUUUCUAAUGUUUAAAUAUAUUUCUAAUUGUGUUAAAUGUAUUUUAUAAUUAUGUCAAUUUGAAAAUAAUACAGAUUUUUACAUACUUUGAAAUCAUAUGUUCGCAACAAAGCACGGCCUGAAGGUUCAAUUGCUGAAGCUUAUAUUGAUAAUGAGUGUGUCACGUUUUGUUCGAUGUAUCUUCAAGGCAUGGAGACAUGUUUCAAUCAAGAGGAGAGAAACUUUGACGGGGGCAAAUCCAUAAGUCAAAUGGUUUCUCUAUAUUCAUGUAGAAUGUUCACCCAUUAGGGGCUAGACAUUAUGAAAUGAUAGGAUCUGCAGAUCUUAAAAAGGCUCAUUUUUAUGUGCUUAACAAUUGUACAGAAGUGGAGCCAUUCCUACGGUAAGUAAAAUUGCGAUAUUAUUAUAUUAUAAUGUCUAAUGUAUUCAACUAAACUAUUGACAAUUUCAAAAAUAAUUAUGUAGUGAACACAAGGAAGAUCAGAGUCAAGAUCCUAACCAUGUAAUGGAAUUUACUGAAUGGUUUAAAGAAUGUGUAAGUUGCUAAAUUGAACACUCCUGAUUUAUCUCUAACUAUUCUCAUUUAUGUGAUAUAAGCUACUUUCAUUUGCGUAUAGGUUAAAGGAUUGCGUCGUAGUAUGUACUGAUGAUCUUUUUUCCUUAGCUUGUGGCCCUGACUCAAGAGUAAAUCGAUAUAUAGGCUGCAUUGUGAAUGGAAUUAGGUUCCAUACGAAGGAUAGAGAGAAAAAUAGAAAAACACAAAAUAAUGGUGUGAUAGUUAAAGGAGAAGACAUUGAUUUUUAUGGUUGUUUAACAGACAUCAUUGAAUUGUCUUAUGAUAAGAAAAGACAAUUAUUUUUAUUCAAUUGUGAUUGGUUUGAUGUUAGGGCUGGAAUUCAUAAAGAUCAAUAUUUCACUAGUGUCAAUCUCUCCCGUAAAGCUUAUAAUGAUGACCCAUUUGUGCUAGCUGACCAAGCAAAUCAAGUUUUGAACCUCAAGGACAAUAAAUUAAAGGGUCAAUGGGAAGUUGUGCAACAGAUUAAUCCUAGAAACACCUACGAUGUUCUAGAGAAGGAUAAAGAUGGGUUAAAUGAAAGAGAAAGUAGUGAGGAGGUUGCAUAUCAAGACUUUGAGUCUUUAGAGGUUAAUGGGGUUGUUUGAGACACAUAAAUUGACUCGUUGAUCUUAACUAACAAUGACAUGGCAUUAGAUGAAAUUGAUACAGAUAUGGUUCAAAAAAGCCUGAAUAAUGCAAAUGUUCAUGGUGGUGGUCCAAAUGAAGACGACUCAUGUCUUGAUGAUGAUAGUUCAGAUGAAGAAGAUGCAUUCAGCAAUGACUACUCAGAUGAAGAAGAUAUUCUGCUUAUUGACGAUGAUACCGAUAUAGAAUAGUAUUUAGUGUAGAUAUGGAAAUUUAAAUUCGUGAAUUUAGUAUAAAUUUUUCUGCUAAGAUGUACUCAUUUCAGUUAUAUUUUUUUCGUAAUGCUGAAUUCCAUAAUAAAUUGCAUCUAUUCAUUUUAAGUCUUGAUUUUUUGUUUUUUUUUCCCUAUAUUGCAUGAUUGAUGGUAGUCUUUAAGUAAUAUAUCUCCUUCGAAACAAUAUGCUUUUGUUUUCUAUGUUAUAGUACUUUGCUUCUAGCAUACAUGGCUUCUAAUUGUCAUAGUAGGGUGAUGCCCAGCACUAGUCAGAAUGAUGAUCAGGUUCAGUCCACACCAGUUAAGACUCAGGGUUCUACCACAUCUGUGAAAAGGCGUGGUCCCACAACGAACAAGGCAUUGGAGAACAUACGGAUGCGCAAUAAAAAGCAACCCAUACAAGUUACAUUUAAGGAUGGACAAUUGCAGCCGACAUGUGUGAAUGGAAAGCUCUGGAUAGCAGAAGUUGGAAUGCAGGCAAAACGUAUUCCUCCCAUAUAUCCGAGAUAUGAUAAGAUACCCCUUGAAGAGAAGGAGAUCGUUAUUGGAAGAAUUAAGGAAAAAUUUAUAUGUAAUGAUGAAGAAUAUCAUACAAAAGCAAUUGCCAAUCAAUUGACCGUGCGUUUAAGGGCUCGUCGGCACGAAAUGAAAAAACACUAUGUUAACUUCAAUAAUGACGCGAUUGCUCGGCGUAACCCAUUCGAAGAAGUCUCAAUCGAGAAUUUGAAUGUUUUGUGCGACAGAUUUAGCUCCCAAAAGUUUGUGGAAAAUAAUGAAAUUGGAGAAAAUGAAAGUUUCAUUGAAUUUUAUGCAACUUCACAUAUCAAGAACAAUGAGACUGAUGAGGAGGCUUUGAAAAAAUACGCUGAAAUGGUGAAAAUGAAAGAUUCUGCUAUUGCAAAUGGAGAAAUUAUAAGCCGUGAGAUAGAGGAAGAAAUAGUGUUUAAAGUAUUAGGGCAGUCAUCAAAUUUUUUUCUUGGGCCUGGCGAUAAAUAUAGGCCUACUUCAUCAACUAAUCAUGCAACUCAAAAAGAUUUGGAUGAAACUCGUGCUAGGGCGAAAGAAGCGGAGAAGACUAUGCAAGAGAUGAGGCAAGAGAUAAAUGAGUUGAAAGGAAACAUCCAACAAGAUAUUCAAGAUCAAGUUAGGGAUAAAGUCAAGGAUCAAGUUAGCGAGUUCAUGCUUGCAUUUUUUGCACAAACUGGGCGUGUUCUCCCUCCACCUCAGACUUGAUUUAAUUGGACUUACAAGUAAAAUGUUUGUAAAUAAAUAAAAUAUUUUAGGACAUGCAGCUUAUUUUAUUGCAAUCGAUCUUUUGUUUUCUAAUAAUUUGUGAACCUUUUGAUUUUUGGGAACUUUUGAUUUUUGGGAUGUAAAUAAGUAAAAUAUCUUAGGACCGAUGCUCUUAAUGUUCUCUAUGAGAAGGUAAACUCACAUUGCCUACACUUAAAAUUUAGUUUAAUAUAAUUAUGUUUAAUGCGCGCAUUUGCUUA